AUGAUGGACUUUGAUCAAGCAUUGGAAGAACUCGGAGAAUUUGGACGGUUUCAAAUAUACAAUUAUCUACUUUUUUGCCUUCCUGUUUUCUUCAGUGCCGGCAACAGUUUAACAUAUGUUUUCACCGCAGGAGUCCCAAAUUACAGGUGUCUGAUACCGGAAUGUGAAAAUGAGACUUCGGCGAAAUAUUUAGAACCGUGGUUGGAAGCUGCCAUUCCUCCUAAUUUCAACACCGCUGCCGAAGAUGAUUACGUUCCCAGUCAAUGUUUGAAAUACGAACCGAAAAAUAUAAGCAGGUUUCAAUGUGUUAAAUCGGAUUUUAAAGAAACUACGGUUCUUUGCGAUUCUUGGGUGUACGAAGAUGACGAAUGGACCAUCGUCGGAGAGUGGAACAUCACCUGUUUGGAUAAGCAAUGGAUGCUUUCUUUAGUUGGCACGGUUCAUUUUAUCGGUAUUCUGAUAGGUACCAUGAUAUUCGGAUACCUUGCCGACAGAUACGGGAGAAAAAUAAUAUUUGUAUUUUGCAUUAUUCUCAUGUCGACUACGGGAACGGCGCAAGCCAUUUCUCCAAAUUAUAUUUUUUUCCAGAUUUUUGUUUUUCUCAACGCACUCGGAACGUCGGGAGUUUAUCCUUUGGCUUUUAUAUUAGGCGUAGAACUUGUCGGUAGAAAAAAACGAGAAAUGAGUGGAGUGGUACUCAAUUACUUUUAUGCUGUCGGUGAAGCAUUCGUUGGUGUGAUAGCAGCCCUAUCGAAAAACUGGGUCAUUAUACAAUUGGCCAUAUCGGUUCCUCCAAUUUUAUUUGUGUUUUACUAUUGGUUGAUACCUGAAUCCGUUAGAUGGUUAUUAGCUAAUAAGAAAAAUCAAAAAGCUUGUGCCAUAAUUAAUAAAGCGGCUAAAAUUAAUCAAGUCAAUUUGUCUGCAAAUCUUUUACGAUCUAUGGAAAAUAAAGAAAAUGACGACACGAGUCAAAAUUCGUUAGAAGAAGGUAAAAUUUGGGAAUCGUUCAAACAAUUGAUCAAAUCUAAAAUAUUGUUUUUUAGAUCUUUUCUCCUGUUUUACAUUUGGGCUGCAAACGCGUUGAUUUACUACGGGUUGUCGGUAAAUUCUACGAGUUUGGGGGGAAAUAAAUAUUUGAAUUUUGCUUUGGUUUGCCUCGUGGAAAUUCCCGGUUACACGGUAUCCUGGUGGGCUAUGAAUAAAUUGGGAAGAAGGUGGUCCUUAAGUUCUUCCUUAUUCCUAUGCGCUAUAACUUGUAUCGGAGCAGCCUUUGUACCUCAAGAUAUGACUGCGCUCGUAAUCAUUUUAUUCUUAUUGGGAAAAUUAGGAAUUACGUCAUCUUUUGGCAUAGCUUAUGUUUACACGGCUGAACUUUACCCUACGACUUUGAGGAGCAUCGGAGUGGGAUGUUGCUCAACAAUGGCAAGAUUAGGAGCUAUUAUAGCUCCUUUUGCACCUCUUCUGGCAAUUUAUAAUUUUCAAGGCCUUCCUUUGAUAGUUUUCGGAGUUGUUUCAAUAUUUGCAAGCUUAUUAAGUCUUUUAUUACCCGAAACCAUAGGAACAAUGUUACCAGAUACAGUAGAAGAAGCAAAAAAUCUUCGUCACGUGUCAAAAAAAAAUUAA